GCGUUUCCCCUUCCCCUGCUCUAGCAGGCCAGCUUAACUGUCCAAUGCCCUCCCGGAGCUGGAAGGAGGAGCCUGCGUAUAGUGCGUGUGAGGGGAGCUGGGGGGGAACCGGCCGGGGCCCACCGUGUUUGACCGGUCGGUGGGUCAGUGAGAAGAAAGGAAAGGAGGAGGUACAGAGUAACGGUUGCCGAAAUGUUCCGGUGUGGAAGCCUGGCAGCAGGUGCAUUCAAGCAGAAGCUGGCGCCCUUGGUGCGGACAGUGUGCGUCCGAGGCCCGAGGCAGCGGAACCGGCUCCCAGGCAACUUGUUCCAGCGAUGGCAUGUUCCUCUAGAACUCCAGAUGACAAGACAAAUGGCUAGCUCUGGUGCAUCAGGGGGCAAAAUCGAUAAUUCUGUGUUAGUCCUUAUUGUGGGCUUAUCAACAAUAGGAGCUGGUGCAUAUGCCUACAAGACUAUAAAAGAUGAUCAAAAAAGAUAUGAUGAAAGAAUGUCAGGGUUAGGGCUGACACCAGAAGAGAAACAGAAAAGGGCCACGUCACCUGCUCCAGAAAGAGAACCAAUUCCUCAAGUCAGGGUACCAAGUCACGUCCCAUUCCUGCUCAUCGGGGGAGGCACCGCUGCUUUUGCUGCAGCCAGAUCCAUCCGGGCUCGGGAUCCUGGGGCCAGGGUACUGAUUGUGUCUGAAGAUCCUGAGCUGCCAUACAUGCGACCUCCUCUUUCAAAAGAACUGUGGUUUUCAGAUGAUCCGAAUGUCACAAAGACGCUGCGAUUCAGACAGUGGAACGGAAAAGAAAGGAGCAUAUAUUUCCAGCCACCCUCUUUCUAUGUCUCUGCUCAAGAUCUGCCUCACAUUGAGAAUGGUGGUGUAGCUGUCCUCACUGGGAAGAAG